CUCAUCUCUUUCUAUCCACUCUGGUCUCUCUUCCCUCCGCUGGAUUGCCUGCCUCACCAACUUUCAUCCAAAAAGCAAAGAAACUCAAGCUCACAAUGGCAGCCAGUUACAAGAGCACUUCGUACAGCGUGAGGAGCUCCUCUGCCCCGAGGAACUUCAGCAGCCACUCCUACACCGGAGCAGGAGGGCUGACCGCCCGCAAGAGCUACAGCGUCAGGAGUUCCUACGGGGGUAGUAACAGGGGCUAUGGAGGGCCAGGCAUCAUCACCAGCACCAGCAACUACGGCCUCGGCUCCAGCAUGGGUGGAUCGGGCAUGGCUUUUGGGGGUGGCAUGGGACUGGGUCAGGCCCAAAUCUCUGCUGUGACUGUCAACAAGAGUCUGCUGACCCCGCUCAACUUGGCCAUUGACCCCACCAUCCAGGCUGUCCGCACCCAGGAGAAAGAGCAAAUCAAGACCCUCAACAAUCGCUUUGCCUCUUUCAUUGACAAGGUGCGCUUCCUGGAGCAGCAGAACAAAAUGCUGGAGACCAAGUGGAACCUGCUGCAGGGCCAGACCACCACGCGCUCCAACAUCGACGCCAUGUUUGAGGCCUACAUCACCAAUCUGCGCAGACAGCUUGACAGCCUGGGCAACGACAAGAUGAAGCUGGAGGCUGACCUGCACAACAUGCAGGGCCUGGUAGAGGACUUCAAGAACAAGUAUGAAGAUGAGAUCAACAAGCGUACAGAGUGUGAGAACGACUUCGUCCUCAUCAAGAAGGAUGUUGAUGAGGCCUACAUGAAUAAGGUUGAGCUGGAGGCCAAGCUGGAAAGUCUGACAGACGAGAUCAACUUCCUCAGGUCCAUCUAUGAGGAGGAGCUGCGUGAGCUCCAGAGCCAGAUCAAGGACACAUCAGUCAUUGUGGAGAUGGACAACAGCCGUAACCUGGACAUGGACAGCAUCGUAGCAGAGGUGAAGGCUCAGUACGAGGACAUCGCCAACCGCACCCGGGCUGAGGCAGAGACAUGGUACAAGACCAAGUUUGAGGAGAUGCAGACAUCCGCCAGCAGAUAUGGAGAUGACCUGAGGGCUACCAGGACAGAGAUUGCCGACCUCAAUCGCAUGAUCCAGAGGCUGACGUCCGAGAUUGAUUGCGUUAAAGGACAGCGUGCCAAUCUGGAGGCUCAGAUUGCCGAGGCCGAGGAGCGCGGCGAGCUGGCUAUUAAGGAUGCCAAGUCCCGCAUCCAAGACUUGGAGGAUGCCCUGCAGAGAGCCAAGCAAGACAUGGCCCGCCAGAUCCGCGAGUACCAGGACCUGAUGAACGUCAAGUUGGCUCUGGACAUCGAGAUCGCCACCUACAGGAAGCUGCUGGAGGGCGAGGAGGACAGACUGGCAAAUGGCAUCAAAUCCAUCAGCAUCUCCAAACAAACCACAAACCCAAUCAGCUGCAUAGACACGAGACAGAACGUCUACUCAAGCGGUUACAGCAGCGGCUAUAGCAGUGCCGGCGGCUACAGCAGCGGCGGCUACGGCAGCGGCUACGGCAGCGGCUACAGCGGCGGCUACGGCAGCGGCAGCUACGGCAGCGGCAGCUACGGCACCACCAACUUCAGCGGCGGCAGCGGCGUCAACACCCAAACCAAGAAGAACAUGGUGAUCAAGAUGAUCGAGACCAGGGAUGGCAAAGUGGUGUCUGAGUCCUCCGAGGUCAUUGAGGAUUGAGCUAGUGUGGUUUUAACGCAACUCAGAGUGCUUUGAGCUCCCUUCUCUGGUAGUUUUUACACUUACAUUUCAACUCCCACCUAACUUUUUGUAAUUAACAUGUCUGACGCUUGCCAGUCACUCUACCAUAGAGCCUUAAAAAAAAACAAGCAAUAAAGUAUCCUUUCGCUACCAAUUACCUGAAAGGGACCAAAGAAUCUAUUUCGUAUGUGUGAUACUUGAGUGUUGUCUCGGAAAGUGAUGUUAAAGUGAAGGUAAAUCCGAAAUUUGAAUAUACGCAACAGCUACUCACUGAGGACUGCUCCCCCUCUAGUGAACGGUGGAGCUGUCGAAGGAAUGUGAAUGUGCUGAAGUGUCCAUGAUCUAACUAAUGUCUAAAAAAACAAUUGCUACUGUAGGUAGUGCAUGUCUUCCCCAUGCGUGUCCUGUAACCGUUUGACCUCCCAGGAGAGUGCCCACAUCAUAAUGUAGUCCUGAGGUGCUGUUUUUGCUACCACACCAAAUAAAAAAAAAAUCUCAA